AUGUCUUCUACAGAGUACCCUGCCUGGUUCUGGCGGCUGCGAGAACUACAGCAAGAUCGGAAGGCACGCGGUCAACACAACAGAUACUAUGAUUCCGACUUGCCUGUCGAACCUAGAGACUUUGAUGAGGAUCUUUCUGAGUGUUCCAAUGACAGCGAGGAAUCCAAUGAUAGCGAGGAAUCGUGCUCCUCCGAGAAUAACUUCGAUGACGAAAGCUCGGAAUCGUCUGAACUGAGCGAUAUCUCUGGAAAGACCUCAGCUACCGAGGCAGCGUAUCAGUCGCUGAAAAAGCAGCGAGAGGAGCGCAAGAGCCAGUUGAAAGUUUGGAAGAGAGAAGGGAUGAGUGAACGUCAAAACGAGAGUGUAGUAGAGGAAGGUCUUCGGGCUGAGAUCAAGACUGAGGAGCGUGAGAUACAAAAGGUCAAAGACGCUCUCGCCAAAGCAGAGAAUUCGUCCAAGAAGAAGUCCGGUCCCCUCAAAAGCUUGGAUUGCAGGCUCUUCAGGCUGUUCUCCACGGAUCACAUUCAAUACUGCUAUCAUUCUCACUGCCCAACAACCUAUAUCGAAUUCUACGAUCCUAAAAGUUUAUACCGACCGAUGGAAGAUCAACGCCGAUCAGGCCGAGGAGAACCGGUGGAAGACCAUGUUUACCUGAUACACGACGACGCUUGCACCGUUGACCCGUUCGUCCGCCCAAAGUACCCCAGCACAAAGUUUCAUCAACUCAAAGUCGAUCGCGGACGCCGAACGGUGGAUGUUCAGUUCUUCCAUGAACAUUUCUUGGUGCUCAGGAUGCAUCGGGAUAUCGUCUUCUCACACCAGUGCAUACAGCCGCCACUGGAUGUGCCGGAAAUAUUUACCUAUUAUGGCUAUGAUGAAGCCUACAAGUUUCCGGAUGAUCGGAGGAAGGAGAAGACUAAGCGACGUCGCUCGGCAUCUCCUCAGUGA